UUAAAAGGCGUCUAGAGAGAGAAGGAGAGAGAGAGAGACCCACCAGUCCCAUUUUACCGUGUUCAGAGAGAGCGAAGUGGAAGGUAGCUCACGUUUUGCUUCUUCUUAGCCGCAUUUCUUCCUCCUUCUAGAGUGAGAUUUGACCAUUAGAUUUCUGGGUUUAUUGAUCCGAUUCUUCUCUUAAAAGUUUCUUGAUCGGCAUACAAGAAUUGGAAUCCACGAUCUGUGGUUCUUUCUUUCUCCUAUGAACUUGGGGAUUUGAAGAUGGAUCUAUCUUCUCAACGGCAAUCCCCAAAUGGUUCGAGGGGUUUUCGCCUUCAAGCUCCAUUGGUGGAUUCUGUAUCUUGCUAUUGCAGAGUAGAUUCAGGUCUUAAGACAGUGGUAGAGGCAAGGAAGUUUGUUCCUGGAUCAAAGCUUUGUAUUCAACCUGAUAUCAAUCCAAAUGCACAUAGGCGCAAGAACUCCAAGAGGGAGAGGACAAGAAUCCAACCACCGCUCCUCCCUGGCCUCCCUGACGAUCUAGCCGUCGCUUGCCUGAUCCGUGUCCCUCGCGCAGAACAUAGAAAACUCAGGCUAGUGUGUAAGAGAUGGUACAGGCUUGCUUCUGGAAACUUUUUCUACUCUCAAAGGAAGCUACUUGGGAUGUCUGAAGAAUGGGUUUAUGUUUUCAAAAGAGACCGUGACGGCAAGAUCUCUUGGAAUACUUUUGAUCCAGUCUCUCAUCUUGGGCAGCCACUUCCACCUGUUCCUAGAGAGUAUUCAGAGGCUGUUGGGUUUGGUUGCGCUGUUUUAAGCGGUUGUCAUCUUUAUUUGUUUGGAGGUAAGGAUCCACUAAGAGGGUCUAUGAGAAGGGUCGUUUUCUACAAUGCCAGGACGAAUAAGUGGCACAGGGCACCGGAUAUGCUUAGGAAAAGACAUUUCUUUGGCUGUUGUGUCAUAAACAACUGCUUGUAUGUAGCGGGUGGGGAGUGCGAAGGGAUUCAAAGGACACUUCGCUCAGCUGAGGUUUAUGAUCCAAACAAGAACAGGUGGAGUUUCAUCGCUGAUAUGAGCACUGCAAUGGUGCCUCUUAUCGGUGUGGUUUAUGACAAAAAGUGGUUUCUCAAGGGUCUUGGGUCUCACCAACAAGUCAUGAGUGAAGCUUAUGACCCGGAAACUAAUUCGUGGAGCCCUGUUAGUGACGGGAUGGUUACUGGUUGGAGAAACCCAUGUACUUCACUAAACGGUCGGCUUUACGGAUUGGAUUGUAGGGACGGAUGCAAACUCAGGGUGUUUGAUGAAAGCACAGAUUCAUGGAACAAAUUCAUGGACAGUAAAGCUCACUUGGGAAACUCAAAGUCGCUUGAAGCUGCGGCUCUUGUUCCGCUGAACAAUAAGCUUUGUAUAAUCCGGAACAACAUGAGCAUGAGUCUUGUUGAUGUCUCGAAUCCUGAUAAGAACAACACUCGACUAUGGGAACACAUUGCUGUAAAGGGACAGUCCAAGAGCAUUCUCAGCAAUAUAUGGUCGAGUAUCGCAGGGAGAGCUGUGAAAAGCCAUAUUGUGCAUUGUCAAGUGCUUCAAGCCUAACAAGAUGAAAUCUGAAACUCAACAAUGAAGCCAAAUGCUCAGAAGAAACCAACCGCCUUGAGGUUCCAAAAAGAAGUCAACUCUGGUUCACUGGCUCAAGAACUAUUACAGAUAGGGAUUCGUCGUCACUACCAUCGCUGACCGUUAUCUUCAGAGGCAAAGAAGAACUCAAAACUGGUCUUAACGGUCAUAUGAGAGAGAGCAAGACCAGACAUGGCCAUUUCAUCUAGUGUUGAUCUCUGGUAGUAAUUUAUAGAAGGUAAUUUAAUGGUUUUGGCAAUCGUUGUUAUAGCUUUUUGUUGACAUUUUGUUUUCUGUGAUUUGUAAAUCUCAAGUCUUUCGCUUCAAAGUUCUUCAAGUUUCCCCCUUUGAGCUAAUUCGAAAAAUCCAGAUAUUAUAUAUCUUUCGA